AUGACAAUAAGUGGAAAUACAGGAAAUAAUUAUUUUGAUUAUUUUUGUACUUACCUUUCUUGGUUAGGAUAUACAGAAUUACUUGUUAUUUGUUCUGCUAUUUUUGUUCAUUAUGUUGCCCCACAAGCUAUUGGUUCUGGAAUUCCUGAAAUGAAAUGUUCACUUCGUGGGGUUGUUUUAAAAGAUUAUUUAGCUGCUAGAACUUUAAUUUCAAAAAUUGUUGGAUUAACAUUUUCACUUGGUUCUGGAAUUCCUAUUGGGAAAAUGGGUCCAUUUGUUCAUGUAGCUGCUAGUACAGCCAAUUUAUUAAGUAAUGUUGCUGCUAGAUUUGAAGGGGCUUAUGGAAAUGAAUGUAGAAAAUCUGAAAUGUUAGCAGCUGCUUGUGCUACGGGGGUUGCUUGUUGUUUUAGUGCUCCUAUUGGAGGUGUUUUAUUUUCAAUUGAAACAACAACAAUGCAUUUUUCUGUUCGUAAUUAUUGGCGAGGUUUCUUUGCUGCAGCUUGUGGUGCUACUGUUUUUAGGUUACUUAGAGUUGUUGCUUUUGAAACUGAAGGUAAAAUACUGAAGGUUUUUGGAGGGAAAAUAUUUAUUUCUAAAGUUACACUUGUUGCCUUUUAUCAAACACAUUUCCCGGAAGAUGCUUUUGAACCAGAAGAAUUACCUUUUUUUGCCCUUAUUGGAUUACUUUGUGGUUUUAUUGGUGCUGGUUUUAUUGUUUUUUAUAGAAGUUUUGUGAUUUUUCUAAGACAAAAUUCUUUUGUGAAAGAACAAAUACGUAAAAAUUGGUUAAUAUAUCCAGCAAUUAUUGCUUUUCUAGUAGCAACUGUAACAUAUCCAAGAGGUUAUGGACGUUUUCUUUCUGGAAGAUAUAAAUUCACUCGUACAGUAAUUGAUUUCUUUUCAAAUUGUACAUGGUCUAAAGGUCUUCGCCAUCCAAUAUAUUCUCCUCAUGGUUGCCAUUCUGAAUUUCCAUAUAAUGUAUUUUUGGUGCUAACUUUGUUUGCUUUUACAUUUUUGUUAUUAUCCGCCUUAUGCAAUACAAUGCCAAUUCCUUGUGGAAUGUUUAUGCCUUUAUUUGUUGUUGGGGCUGCUUUUGGAAGAUUAAUUGGUGAAAUAAUUUCGAGUAUUUUCCCAGAUGGAAUACCUGGAGGGACAGAUCAACCAAUAUUUCCUGGAAUAUAUGCUGUUGUUGGAGCAGCAUCAUUAACUGGUGCAAUAACUCAUUCUGUUUCUGUUGCAAUGAUUUGUUGUGAAAUAACUGGACAAUUAAUUUAUAUAAUACCUUUAAUGAUUGCUGUAAUUAUUGCUAAUGCUGUUUGUGCUUAUAUACAACCAUCAAUAUAUGAUGUAAUGAUUGGCAUCAAAAAUUUACCAUAUUUGCCGGACAUUCCGCCUUCAAAUGCCGAAGUUCAUCUUUAUGCUGCAGAAAAUAUAAUGGAAGCUAAUGUUCGAUAUAUUUGUCGAGUAACUAAAUUCGAGGAAAUCCGAAAAUUAAUUAUUGAAAUGCCAAAAUUACGUUCAUUUCCUGUCGUUGAUGAUCCAGCAUCAUUAAUGUUAUUAGGAUCAAUUUCUCGUAGGACAAUUUUGGAAAUAUUAAAUGCCCAAAUAGGUGAAGAAGCAAGAAAAAGAGAGGCUGAAAGGAGAAUUCGAAUUGCUAUUGAAACAAUUGAUAAACAUUUUAGAGAGGCUCAAACGGAUGAAAAUGUUAAUUUUCUUUUUAGAUUUUACACAAGGAUUAUACAAAUUUAG